AUUCUAUCUCCCUAGCUGACAACAACAGACAAUCCGUCAGAUACAGAAACGAAAGUUGAAUGAAGUAUAGCAUAUAUAACAAUGAAGAUCAAUAAUUGCAUACUCGUAGCCACCACGAUGGUGUGCUUGUCGACAUUUGCAGUGAAUGCUGAAAAUGCUAUGGACAAGUCCUUGGGUGCAAUGGAUCUUAUCAUAGACGAAGGACCCCUGGAAGUUGAAGCGAGCGCUAUUCUAGAUGACAUCGAAUUUAAUCCAGAACUGGACUUGAAUAUCCAUAUGAAUGCCUUCGGCAGCAACGAUUUAGAAAUGGAGUUAGAUAUAGUUAUACCUAAAUUCGACGAAGAGGCUGUAGCGAGGGGUACGGAUGCCAUCGUAGAGUCCGAUGGCAAUUCACCGACAUUCCUGUUCGCAGGGACCGACUAUUCGUUGGCCAUCCUGGGCUCUCUACUGGGUAUAUUCGCACUGAUUGUAUGUGGAAUAACACUGAAGAAACGCAACCUUCUCUACGGCCCAGAAGGCGAUAACCGGUUACCUUCACCGACGCAGCGACGUGCGUAUAGGCGCGCAACCUGGAGCACAAGCCCGUGGGUAAGUGGGAAGCCGACCAGUAAGUGAUCCCCUAAUUGUCUGCUACGUUAAUCGGCACCCGUCGGAUAAUACGUUAGAUGGCGCAUGACAUUUUCUGACUAAUCGAUCCUAACGACUGCAUCGGGAAAUGUUGAAGAGCACGCACGAGGAAAGGCUGCCAGGGGAACUACCCCGGUCGCCGCCCAGGAAUCGACUAAAAUCACUAAAGCUCGCCCUAUAAUAUAGGAAGCAAUGAUGCGAAGCUCAAGGUGAAAGCGAAGCUGAAGGUAGAACCGGAGGGAUCCAUUGUACACACUAUCCUACCAUCCCAUAUCGGUUUGACACCCUUACAGGGUUGAGAGUCAGGAGAUGAACAUAAAGACUGUCUAGUGCAUCGUUGAAGCGUACAUAUUUACUUCGUGAAUUGGGUUACUGUUCAUAUUCCAUUUCUGUGCCACCGAAUUUCAUUUGACUUCAUUUCAACGUCGACUAAAUCUUUCACUUAUUCGUACUCUACUGAUUCUCCGUCAUGUUCGUACUCGCCUAACCCGACACAUGCAUCACCGCUGUCAAUACACCAGGCGCAACCCGCGAUCACAAUAUACACUAUAAUUACCGUGCAUCAGGGUAUGGAGUUAGCUUUUGUCGAUUGUAAAGCCCGCUAUAAGUCCGCUAUAGUCCGACUCCAAGGUCCAUGAGAUGUGACGAAGGACGUAAUCCAACAAAGCAUUCAACUGUCCCAACCGUGAAACAUAAGAAUCAUACAACACCG